ACCAUUCGCUCGACAUAACUAGACGGCAGUCAGUUGUUCGAUACCAACCGGUGAAGAACGCAAGUAUUCCUUUUGUUUAGCAGCCGACUUGACCAAAUAGCGACUGACCAGAGUUUGAAUGCGUCAGUCAUCCUUGAAAAGUUGACACGUUGAAGGGACGCAGCCAGUGUUUGGUUUGUGACCUAACAUCACAGUGCUAAAAAGAAAGAAAAGAAAAUGCGACUCGUUUCGAUUCGCCGCCAUUUUCAUUACUUCUCCACAGUCGCCAUUAUUUCUUGCUGUUACGUCAUGUUGCUUAAAACUUCUUCGAAGAACGAUGCUAAAGACAUAAGCAAUCAGCCAGAGCAUCAGCAAUUAGGGGACGUUAAAAAUGGUGUGCUCAUUGAAUUUCAAGAUGAAAUUCAAGUACUGCCUCAUGCAGCACAUGCUGCCAAAGUAGAAAUCCAGCAACCAGUGACAGAUGCCGUGCCAAAGAAAAUCGAUAGGAUUGAACAUUUGCCAGCCAUGGGAGCACCGUCCACAAAUCCAAACAAAACGCUCAAUUGGCUCGAUUUGUGGUCAAAUGAUACGUAUUGCAAUCAGUUCACUGUUCAUCUUCUUGAAGAGAACAGUGUACAACCUCGAGCUCUAGUGUCUUUCCCUGGCAGCGGAAACACUUGGUUGCGUAUGUUGUUGAUGGGCGUGACUGGACUGUACGUCGAUACCAUCUACCCGGGCGAUGAACUCUUCGUGUCCAAAGCUGGUAGCACGUACGAAUUAAACAAGGACUGCAAUUGUUCGUUACUACAGAAAACUCAUGACCUGUCGCUUUUCUCGGUGAUUUACAACAUGGCAAUGGCCAACAAGUCGACCGAAAAACGGAUCCACCAGGAAGUUGAACAAUUCCGUGGAGAUGGAAUCCUUGUUAUUCGUAAUCCUUUCAAGGCUAUCUUGUCCUAUCGUAAUUUUGCCUUCGGUGGAAACAUGGCCGGCUUAGCUCCAGUCGAAGCUUUUUCUCAAGGACUUGAACCCGUUCGAAUUGGAAACCGAAAAAUAUCCACAUGGGAUCAGUUCGUCAGCCGCAGCGUCGCUAGUUGGGAAAUGUUGGCAACAGUCUGGAUCAGAGGAUUGAAACGUGGUGGCGUCGUCUACUACGAGAAACUGCGUCGGGACACGGGCCCGCAGCUGUUGCGGAUGGCCGAGAUGUUGGGCAUUCCAAACGUGAAUAAAGAUCGGUUAGAUUGCGUUCUACGUCACAAUCAGGACAACACGUUCAAACGAAGCGAAUCUGGCCCGAAGAAUUAUCCAAAGAAUCCAUUUACGGAGAGCCAACAUUUGCUGAUAUUGAAAUCCAUUCAAAGCGUCCAAAUGGCAUUGAAAGAACGAGGGCUCGACCCGUUACCUGUCGAGAUGUACGAUUUCUACACGCCAAUGUACCAAUACGGUCAUUCGAUCGGCUAUUAUGCCCUGUGAUUGCAUUUUUUUUUUUUUACAUUAAAAAAAAAUCUAUUCAUGUUAAGAUUAUGCAUGUUAAGAUUGAAGCGUUUCCUAAUUAAAGAAUUGAAACCUAUUGUUCAACCUAAAGUAUUGUGACAUUGUUACCAAUGGCUGUGUAAUGUAUUGUUUAAUCUGCAAUUUUGAUAUGAUAUUCACUAAUUAUACACGCCCUUUAAAAAGGUU